UUCAGUACUGGUCGGAUUAUCAGCUAGAAUGGGAUGCAAAAGAUUAUGGUGACAUUUCCAGUAUCCGUAUCAGGCCUGAGCUUAUAUGGACACCAGAUGUGGUAUUGUUUAAUAAUGCUGAUGGCAACUAUGAAGUUUCAUACAAACCAAAUGCUGUAAUUGAUAAUAUGAGCAAUGUAACUUGGAUUCCUCCUGCUAUUUACCAAAGUUCUUGCACAAUAGAUGUAGAAUAUUUUCCAUUUGACCAGCAAAGCUGUGAGAUGAAGUUUGGUUCAUGGACGUUCAAUGGAGACCAGUUGACAUUUAUAUGGAAGCAGGGUGACAAACUGGAUUUUACGGAUUACCUCGCCAGCGGUACCUGGGAUAUUGUUGAUUGCCCCGGUAAAGUGUCGACUAUCACUGAGAAGGAGACCGGCGUGAAAAAGACCUUAGUUGUGUUCACUUUGAUUCUUCGCCGAAAGACAUUGUUCUAUACUGUCAACUUGAUCAUACCCUGCGUUCUUAUAUCUUUUGUUAGUGUAUGUGUGUUUGCACUUCCUGCAGACGCUGGAGAAAAGAUGACACUUUGUAUAUCCAUUUUACUGGCCCUGGUUGUAUUUUUACUGUUGGUUUCCAAAAUUUUACCCCCUUCUCUGACUAUUCCUCUUAUUGCCAAGUAUCUCCUUUUCACUUUCAUCAUGAAUAUUUUUGCCAUCGUUCUAACCGUUAUCAUUAUAAACAGAAAUUACCGCACACCACGCACGCACAAAAUGCCAACCUGGAUACGUGUUGUCUUUCUUUAUUAUCUUCCAAAAAUUUUAUUCAUGGAACGGCCAGACCACGACGAUCGCUGGCAAAGUAAAAAGAAGAGUCAACCUCAGGUGGAAGAGGUGACCGUUCCUGAGCAGCCACGACAUUACUCUGCUGCAGCGGCAAGACGUGCAGACUUACUGGAGUUGCACGAAAUUCAUCACCCAAACUGCAAGCUCAACUCCAAAUCUACCUCCACAGAUUAUAUCCGGAGAGAGCCUGAUAAUGUUGAACAAUUUUCGAUGACACCACACAUUAUACGUGCAUCAGAGGCUGUGAAGUUUAUUACACAGCAUUUAAAAAAUGAAGAUGAGUAUGAAUCUGUAUUAGAUGACUGGAAGUACAUUGCCAUGGUCUUGGAUCGUCUGCUAUUAUAUAUCUUUCUAGCAGUGACAUUCGGUGGAACUGUUGGCAUUCUAAUGAAUGCUCCACACAUAUUCGAGUAUGUUGAUCAAGACGCCAUCAUCAAAGCGAUCAUGAAAGAAAAUGCAAGGAACACUCCCGCAUGAAGAAGACAAAAGAAGAAAAGUCUGGAAUAAAAAAAGAAAAACAAGAAAUACGCAGAGACAGAGAGAGGAAAAAAGAAUUUCAAAAAAGAUGAGGAAAACAGAACAGGAAAAAGCAAAAAAGAAUAAUAUAUAAAUAAAAAAAGAAAUUUAUAAGUAGAAAUCUGUGAAGGAUUGGUGAAGAGUGUUGAUGAUGAUGCUAGAUAUAAUACAAGCAAAAACAAUAACUUCCAUUGUUUUAAUUAAUUAUUAAUACUUUUUUUAAUUUUUUUAAACAGACCCUUUUUUUUUUUUUUGAAUUUCUACAUGAUUUUGGCUACGAAAAAUUGCAGAAAAUUAAUAACAAAUAACAGAAUUAAGUGAGGAGACAGUAUUUAAUAAAAUAAAACAACGGACAAAUUAACGAAGGCAAAAAAAAAAAAAAACCCAAAAAGGUAACAAAAAA